AUGUUCUCAAUACCUUAGACCAAUUAUCCGUAUAAAAUUAUAUCGGAAGGGUCGACCCGGCGAGUAACCGUAGAAGUAGCGGGAGAACAACGGAUCCGGACUUCGGUGGGUCUGGCGGAGGGGUAUGUACCUAACUCAACCCGAUCCCGAUGAGCUUGCACUUUCUUCAACUCCCUUCAACUUCAUCUCAAAUAAUCUCAACACAUUUUCGCUGGUAUUGAACGGCCUUCAUUAUACCUUGUGAUAAUCAAUUACCCGUGUGUAUAUCAUCAUGGCUCUCGCAGACCGCAUGAAGCAAUACGAAGCAGCCUUUGAAAUCACGCUACCUGCAUCAUCUCCAAUCAUUCUACACAUAAACGGCCACAACUUCUCGCGCCUCACAGCGCACUCACUCUUCCGUCGACCAUUUGACGAAACCAUCCACAAAGCUAUGAUAGCCACGUGUAGUGACUUACUCUUAACCCAUUUCCCCGACGCCACCGUAGCCUACACACAUUCCGAUGAGAUCACAUUGGUGUUCCCACAAAGCACCGGCAUUUCCGAUAGACGUGUGCAACGACUUGCGUCACUCGCCGCGAGCUAUUGUACUGUGCGAUUUGACAUGCAUCUUGUAUCAGCUUUAGGUAACAAUGACGUCCUCGGCUUAGCACAUUUCGACGCGCAGGUCUUCGCCGUCCCGACCGUCGACGAGGCAUUAAAUUAUCUAAUUUGGAGGUGCGGAGGGGAUGCGAAGAGGAAAAGCGUCUACGCAUUUGCGAAGACUUUAUUUAGUGAUGAUCAAAUGCGAGGAAGGACAGCUGGGGAACUAAUUGAGAUGCUGCGGUGUGAGAGGAAUGUGGUUUACGAAGAUAUGGUACCGAGAUGGGCUACCGAGGGAUGUGUAGUAAAAAGAGAGUUAUAUCAACUCGAGCAAAAUGCGGAAAUGAGGUCGAGGGUUGAGGAGCGAGGAGUAGAGAGGUUUUCUGCAGAAAAUCUAAGGCUGGUGACUGAGAAGUACUGGGACAAUAUUUGCUCUCCGGUUUCUACUCAGCUCUCGAGAUCAAUGGCUUCUAUUGUUAUUGAUCAGAGCUCCAUCUCUUCGGCAAAUACCACUAUCUUCGGACCUAACGUCUUUAUCUUCGAUCAAAGCAUGCCCGCAUCUGAUAUACAGGCAAAGGCAACGGCUAUCUUCAAACAGAUGGAAGCUAAUGAGUUUGGUGCUGAGCGCUAUGCGCUCCUAUUCAAGCCAGGUGUCUAUAAAGUGCUGUUUGAUGUGGGAUUCUAUACGCAGGUUGCGGGACUAGGCCGGAGCCCAGACGACGUAUUAAUCGAAGGAGGUGCAAACGUGCCGGCAUACUGGAUGCCGAAUCGUAACGCCACGUGUAAUUUCUGGAGGGCAUUUGAGAAUUUAUCUAUCAACGCCUCGGAAGCCACCAACCACACGACGACGAUAGCCGUAUCGCAAGCAGCGCCGCUACGCCGUAUGCAUAUCCUAAGCUCGGGCGGUCUCUGGCUAUUUCAGGUGGAUCCGAGCACGGGAGCUGGAGGUUGGGCCUCCGGAGGUUUCAUGGCUGAUUCGGUGGUCGAUAAUCAGGUGCUUCCUGGUUCACAGCAGCAAUGGCUAUCGCGAAACAAUAGAUACGGCAGCUGGGCUAAUGCUGUGUGGAACAUGGUAUUCGUCGGCGACUCUAGCGCACCUAGCCAAGACACGUUUCCAGCCUCGCCAUACACCACAGUGGAACAAACACCCAUCAUUCGCGAAAAGCCGUACCUUUAUAUCACCGACCAAGGUCAAUAUGCGGUAUUCGUCCCUGCACUGCAGACUGAUACGCAAGGUCCCAGCUGGACGAAUGGUUCCUCGACUCCAGGCAAGUCGAUAGCUAUUGACCAAUUUUACAUAGCCCAGCCAGCUACUGCUAGUGCGGCUAGCAUCAAUUCGGCGCUGAAUUCCGGGAAGCAUGUUCUCUUCACGCCGGGUAUCUAUAAACUUGACGACACAUUGCGCAUUUCGCGGGCCGAUACCAUCAUCCUCGGUUUAGGAAUGCCAUCGCUCAUUCCUAUAAGCGGCCAACCGGCAGUGUCCGUAGCGGACGUAGACGGUGUUACACUUGCAGGUCUGAUAAUCGACGCGAGCGAGGUUAACUCACCUUCACUUAUCGAGGUCGGACCCCCCAAUAGUUCAGCCGAUCACAGGUCAAACCCGACAUUCCUCUACGAUUUAACGGUGAGGACAGCAGGUCGUACCAGGAACGAUAUUGGCAUCAUUAUAAAUAGCCGCAACGUAAUUGGUGACCAGCUGUGGCUUUGGCGCGCGGACCAUGGUGAUGGGGCUGCCUGGGAUGCCAACCCCACGAAGAAUGGGGUGGUGGUCAACGGGGACAAUGUGACGAUAUACGGACUAUUCAACGAGCACCACCGCGAGUACCAAACGCUCUGGAACGGAAACGGCGGUCGUCUCUACUUCUACCAAUCCGAAAUCCCGUACGAUCCGCCCAACCAAGAGUCGUGGAUGAGUAAAGGCGGGAGAACAAACGGGUUUGCCUCGUACAAGGUUGCGGAUAGUGUCACGGACCAUGAGGCUUGGGGGCUGGGGAUUUACUCGUACUUCCGCGACUCCCCCACAAAGCUGGAGAACGCGAUCGAAAUCCCCGAGGUAGAUGGGGUCAAGCUGCACCACCUGACUACGGUGUGGCUUACUGGUGUGCCUGGGAGUGAGAUUACCCACAUUGUGAAUGGCGUCGGUGACCGCGUCUACGCGAAUAACCCGGAGUCGGCGAUGCGACAGACCUUGAACGAAUAUUCGGGUGGUAGAAAUUAACUUGCUUGUCGGGCAUCCAGGAGGGGGUUCUGGUUUCUAUCACAUGGAUAUAAAGUCUUGAUCCGUGUAGAUUAAGUGCUUUCCUGUUAUAAGUAUAGUGCAUAGUGCAUCCGCGGCCUACGUACGUGGCUUUAUGGCUGCUUUAAUGGUUGCUAGGCUGUGGCAUCCGUAUCGGUCUUCCAUCAACAUAAGCUGGAUAAAACCGGAGUA